GACGAUGUCCCUGGCUGAUUUAAUGACUUGACAAACUAGAUGUCCUUGUCGAAAUAAUUUAUUCACGCGAUAUCUCUUUUUAUUCUAUUGGAGAAAAAUUCCAGUUUGCCUUCUUUUUUACGACAAAUAAGGACCGUCAUUAAAUGACCAUGAUAUCUUCUUUGUUCAAAAACGAUUUUUUUCAUCGUUCUCGUCACGUAUAAAUAGCAAUUGGAAAUGUCCGAGCGUUCAGUUUUAGCCAAAGAUUUGGAGAGUGAAACGUAAAUUUAACUUUUUUUAAAAUGACUAGAUUAGCUAGUUGCACAUUUGCUUGUCUCGUCGCGACAUUGGCGGUGCUAAUUGCGCAUGCAGAAAAUGAAAAAUAUUCGAGCAAAUACGAUCAUAUCGAUGUUAACGAGGUGUUGGCUAAUUCUCACUUGAGGAAUCAAUAUGUCAGAUGUUUAAUAAAUAUUUCUCCUUGUACUAUGGGAUCUGCACGCUUCUUAAAAGAUAUAUUUGCGGAAGCAUUUAUUACAAAGUGUAAAAAAUGUACGGAUAAGCAAAUAUACAUUUUCAAUGUGAUUACCGAUUGGUUUACGAAAAAUGAACCUGAAACUUGGAAUCAUAUAGUGCGAACAACAAUCGAGGAAGCACAAAGGAAAAAUGCAUAAUUGAUUAUAAUUAUUAAUUAUAGUUGUCGG